AUGGCCCAAGCGGAGGUACUUGGGCAAGGCAACACGAAGCACAGUAGCAUCAACUGCAGACUGUUGAUAACGGCAAAUCUUUGUACUACAUUAGACCAGAAAAGCAAUAUGCGUACUAUUCGAGGGAUGUCACCCUUCGACGAGCUCAAAGCCAUGGCGAUCGAUCCUAUCCCAGCUAUUGUUGAUUUGCUGUUGCUUUUCUGUCUGUAUGAUCGUGGUGAACGCAUGUCGGCUUGGGCUGCUGUCUGCGACAAGGACCCGCAAGAUUUCCAGUGCUGCGGGCUGGCCAGUUAG